ACAUCGGUCGCGCUCAGUGAACGACAAGCCAUCGCAGUUGUGAGAUGUGAAACAUUAUCACGAGUGCCCGAUUUUUGUCAAUGGCUAAUCAAAUUGCACAAACUUUUCCACGUGAAUCACCAUCGAAUUAUUACACCCCAGGCAGAACUGAAAACGGUAUUACUCUCAAUCCCAUGGGAAAACUCUACUGGCAUUGUGAUUAUUUGAAGUUAGCAAUGUUUGAGGACGGUAUCUUAGAGAAACGUGGGAAAAAAUUACAUUCUGAAACUCAAAAUGAAAUUGAGGUCGCAGAUUCUAUUAAAGAUAAAUUGAAGCAACUACAUAGGAAAGUUGAACCGUGGAAUGACGUGGUAUUGUGGUGGGAAGAUACAUUCGACGCUCGUCGAAGUGAUAUGAUUAGCACAAAACUGCCAGUAAAAGAUUACAUGACCAAGUACGCCUGCCUUGCAGUGAAUAAAGCACUUGAUUUGUACGAAGGAGAUUUUCGUCGGCUGUAUCCUGACUGUGUUUUGGGAUUAUCGAAACAUUGGGAGCAAACUGUACAACUUUUCUAUCAAAAAUUGAAGUCAAUCCCCAUUGGUAGUGCCUCUGAUAGAACAUUGAGGGAUCAGAUUCCAACCACGACUUCUGAACAUCAAAUCGCCAUCAUUUUUCAUCUUCUUCCAUACUUAAUUCCUGCCUCUCGUCCAAGACGAAAAAGGAAGUCCAAUACUGACAAUCAUACAAAUAUAGCACGUAAAUUGAGCUUACAGGAGAGAAGGGAGGCUUUUUUCGUGCAUAUUUUGAAUGUUUUGGAUUUAGAACUGUGACGAGGCACUUUUUGGCCCCUCCCCAGCCCCCUAAUUUAUACACUUUUUAUAGAAUAAGCUAGAAUUAAGUAAAAGAUAGGAACACAGCAACAGGUUAGGAAACCUGUCACCAUUGGCUCCCACUCCCAAAAAUAUUCCUUCCCCUUACCCCGCGCCCCACCUCAGCACUACACUCACGCCCGACCGAAACAUCGUUGGAGAAAAGGAGAAGCCCCCCGCACCCACCGUUCCCCUCGUCACCACACACGCCCGACGGAAGAAAAGAAAACCCCCCACGAAUACGUCACGGCCCACGUGACCCGGAAGAAGUAAAGGGAGCAGAUAUGGACAUCGCAGGGCUAAUAAUUAAGACGAGGACACCCGAUGACGAGUGUCCCCGAUUGACCCCGAUUAUCGCCGAUAAUCGGGGAAGAAGAACCACGAGGAUGGGGAAGCCAUCACUCGUAAUACAGCUGCCCCGUGCGUAACCGUGUUUCAUAAGGAGAUUAUUGAAGAUAUUUGUUUGAGGAGAUUUUUGAGAAUAUUGUGGAGAGAGAUUUGUGGA